ACACCAUCGCCGCUUCCUGGCCGGUCCAGGCAGCCGCCUCAGGCCCGCGGCGCGUCGGGACCGUUAUUCGCUUCCUGCCCCCGCUCUCCUUCUCUCAAGCUACCCCGCUGCUUGUGCUGAGGGGCUGCGGUCAUCAUGUGCGAGUGAAGCAGAAGAGUGAGAGAGGACAAACCGCCAGAGUGGUCCCGGGACACCUUUUAUGUCAGAGUGAGACGGACGGAGCUUGAGGCUGUGGUGAUGGUGUUGGACUCAGUUGAAGUCUUCAUGGAUCAUGUUGAGGGUGACCACACCGAGGGCAGCAGCUUGGAGCCGGACAACUCCAAAGCUGCCAAAACCUGCAGCAUCGCCAAAACCAAGCAGACAUCUCAGGCUGGAAGGAGCAAGGUUUCCAAAAAGGAAAGGGUGUCCCAAAACGGGUUCCUGGCUCAGACAGAUGCUGACCGAUUACUAGAGAGGAAGCCCAAAGCGGCCGCCACAUCCAAACAACCUCUCCGCCGUCUCCUGAGUCUGGACGUGACACCUCAGCGUUUGCGAGAACCUCCGGAGCAGAUGGGAGUCAAGCGCCUCGUGCAGCCACCUUGGCGCAGUGGCUGCUCUGCCCCGUCGCCCCCUGCUCGCAGCCUGACCAGUCCCGGCCUGGGCACUGGUAGCUGGAUGCGUCGCAGUGAGAGUUCAUGCUCAGUCAACUACUCUCUGGGGUUGCGUGCUAAAAAGGGGCAAAUGCGACCCGCCACCUCGCUGCCACACAUUGCUAAGGGGAUGGGAAGCAGCAUACUGCCUCCCCCCAGCAGGCCAUGCCUGCUUGUUGCCCUCAGGCCUUUGAACCUGGAGCAGGAGAAGCACAAGUUCUUCCAGUCUGACUACAAGUACGAGCCUCAGUUUGAGUAUGCCCAGCCUGAGCCAAGGUCCGUUCUGGACAAGUACAGCGAGGGCUCCAGACUCUUUCUCGAGCAGGCUGUUGGAAUCAUGGAGUGUGUCCUGAAGAAGUUUGGCUCAUACGAGACCUUCGAGGAUGUCACAGGCGGGGUGGUGCUUCCUAAGAGUCAGGUUUGGGCCGCCGUGCGCAAAUAUCUGCAGAAGGAAGGCUGCGUGGGUGAGGUUGUGGUGCGUUUGUCUGACGAACUGCUCUCUCAGGCAGUGAUGGUGGUGGAGAGCUGUCGUCCCACUCUGACCAUUAACUUGGCCGGCGCCCGUCAGCACUGGCUGGAAGGGAUGCUGAGACACGAAAUAGGCACGCAUUAUCUGCGAGGGGUCAACAACAGUCUUCAGCCUUGGUCCACUGCAGAUGGCAGGAAGCAAUUUGGCCUCAAGCCGGCUAACCCCACCGAGGAAGGGCUGGCCAGCCUGCACAGCGUGUUGCUACGGAAACAGCCAUACCUUUGGCGUGCAGCUCUUCUUUACUAUACCGUUUUCCAUGCCGGCAGCAUGAGCUUCAGCCAGCUCUUCAGUCACAUUGCACGCUUUGUUCAGGAUCCAGACGUCCGCUGGGAAUACUGCCUGCGCGCCAAGAGGGGACAGACGGACACUUCCCAGCCCGGCUGCUUCAGUAAAGACCAGGUUUACUUGGACGGGAUCCUCAAGAUACUUCGCCAUCGAAAGAACAUUGACUUCAAGAUGUUGACUUCCUUGGGAAAGUCACUCCUGCAGGUGUCCUAUGAAGACGUGGAGAGGCUGCGUCACCUAGCAGUGAUCAGUAAUGCCAGAAUCCCACAUUUCAUGCGAGACCAAGACCAGUACCUUCAACAUCUGGAUCACAUUGUCGCCGUCAACAAACUGGACGACGCAACAUUGCAACACCUGCUACCAUGACUUUCGACACUACCUUGAAGCUGCGAUGGACCCUGCUUAUCAUGCGGUGGCGCUGAAUAGCACUUAAAUGUUUCAGUAUUAGCGGCUCUCCAUGUGAGCAAUUUUUAAAACUUGAAUGAUACACACAAAAAGGGACAAAACACUAGCACGUCUAGCUACUGUCGUCCAAUGCAUGACUGUAAGGCUUUUACACACAACCUCACCUUGGCUCCCUCUUGCUCCCUCAUGACAUUACCUCAAUAUAUACACACAUGGUGUAACUAACAUUGUAUACCCUAAAUGUAGAAUUAUCACUGAAAUGCCUGUACAAACUGCUGCGUAUUGAUUUAAGAAUAACACUCACAAUCACUGUAUGUACGCAAUUACUAUUAUUUGGGUUUCUUUUUACUUUGUGGAGUCAAAGUGAAUGUUCCUUUCAAAAUAAGGGCGCCAAGACUACUUCAUUUAAAAUCCUGAGGCCACACAUCCUCUAAAUAUCAAGUGCCGGUGACCUCGAGGAGGAUUUAAAAUCUGUGUUAUUGAGCACAGGUGUCGGUGGGCAGGGCCGAAACAGGCUGCAAAAGACAUUGAGACGUCAUCAAAAAAUCAACAGACACAUUUUUUUUUCCACUAUUAUUUGGACAAUGCUCUCUGAUUUUGGAUCAACAUUUGCAAUAAAAGUGACUGUUGAAAUUAUUGGAUUAGAUUCAGCCCCAGAAACCGCCAGAUUUAAGACCUAAAUAUGGCUCACAUGAUAAAGUCAGAUAAUCAAACAGAUGGAAUCAGAGUCAAGGUGUAGAAGUUUCACUUUUAGCAACUAUGGGGUGUUAAAGGGCCGCUAGACAAUGUGCCAAAUCUCAACGCUUGACUAAAAAAAAAACAUUAUCAGUGAUGCAUAAGGACAUAAACAUAUAAAAAUUAGCUUUUUUUUUUACAGUGGUACAUAUAUGCUGAUCAUUUUAACUGUUAUAUUUACAGUAUAAAUUAGGGAGAAUGUGACGUGUAUUCUGUGGAGUUAAAAAAAACAAAAUAUAUAUAUAUAUUUUGGGACCAAAAAUCUGCAAAUUUGCAGGGAUCCACUGUACAAUCUCUUUACUCUCUACUCUCGACAUCACGUUGGGGUCAAAGUUGCAGGAAGCGAAAAACUACGUUAACAAGCUGGGGCUGCAGAAAAAAACUUUCCGAUCCAAUGAGGAUUAUGGGGAGACAAGAAAGCAGAUUUCAACCCAAAUAUUAAAUAUAUGGUUUUGUCACGUCCAUGCUAAUGCGCCAUAUCACUUGGGGAGAGGUUCAUUGUUCGGUGGUUUUGGAUCAAAGUUAAAAGGAAUUAUCCACAAUUGCUAUUGCCAUCCACAUCAAACCACGCUUUUAUCAUCUUCUCUCUGGAAAACAAACUCCAGGCUCGCACCGACGGCGAGUCAGUAUUCGUUUUGUGUGUUUUAUACAGUGUUAUACUGUGCUUUUCUUUGUUUUGUACGCCAUUAAACGACAACAGCAUUUGAUUCCUCAUUUAUUUAUUGACGGCAACUUAAAAAGAUACAUGAAGUAAAUUUAAAUAACAUUUUUCAGCCAGUAAUGACUACAUGGUCUUUGUACUUGCCCUGGUGACUCUGGACCACCUUUACUUUAUUGGUCUAUUGGUGGACCAGCCUGGACACAGUUGACCUGAUAUGUGAAGAAGUCGGCAAAACACAUGCUUUGCACUUUUUAGAGGAUACUGGCGUAAAAGUUGUAGCAAGAAAACAAAUGAAUAAUUUUACAAAUACUCAUAUUUAUGGGCUAUUUGAGUGAGCAAGGGUGUCACUGUGCCUUUUGAUAAAUGAUAAUUACUGUAUAGCUGACUAUGUGUUCCCACUGCUUUUUACUGUAAUUGACACUUCACAUUUCACAUAUCAGGCUAGUCCUUCUGGGUCACAUGAUCAUCAGAGACUGGCGGGGGAAACCAGGUCACUCAAAACACGAAUGGGAUCAUUCCCGGCUUUAAGGCAUUAAUUUUAUGUCUGUUCUGUUUGUGUUGUUGUCCAAUUAUGGCAUGACAUAAUGUAUUCUGCUCUUGUGUUUUCAAUAUCACAACAACCACCCGGGAAACAUGAACUUGAAUAUAUGGUUCAAUAAUUAAAAGAACACAUAAAAAAACCUAUUGCUGUCAUGGAGUUUGUAUGUACAGUAUUCUUAUUUAUCCACUAUAUACAGUGUACCCAAUUCAAAAAGCUAAUGUACAGUGAAAAAGUAUUCAGAGCGCUUCACUUUUUCGACAUUUUACGUUAGAGCCUUGUUACAAAAUGGAAUAAAUGAAUUUUCUCCUCA